AUGUCUGCUCCUGUAAAUAUGGAAGACUUGUCAAUCAAGGAAGAGCAAAUUCAAAAGUCAAACGAACAAGCUCCUGAAUCACAAGAAGAAGUCGUGAUAGGUGAAGAUGGUCAACCCUUAUCAAAGAAGGCAUUAAAGAAAUUACAAAAGGAAAAAGAGAAACAAGCCAAAAAGGCUGAGAGAGAAGCACAAUUAGCUAAAGAAAAGCAAGCAAGAGAGCAAGAAGCUGCAAAUGAUCCAGCUAAAGCCAACUAUGGAAAGUUACCUAUCAUAAAUUCAUCUUCAGAAUCAAAUAUCAAAAGAAUUCAAAUUUCUAAUUUAUCUGCUGCAAAUGAUGGAGAAACUGUUGUUUUCAGAGCAAGAAUUCAUAAAACUAGACAGCAAGGUGCAACUAUGGUGUUUUUGACAUUAAGACAACAAACUGAUUCAAUACAAGCUCUUUUAAAAAGUAAUAAGGAAAAUGAUUCAAAUGCUAUUUCGAAACAAAUGGUCAAAUGGACAGGAAGUAUUAGUUUGGAGAGUAUUGUUUUAGUCGAAGGUAAAGUAGCUAAAGUUGAUGAAUUGGUUAAAUCUGCCACUGUUCAAGAUGCUGAAAUUCAUAUUACCAAAAUCUAUACAAUUCAAGAAACACCUGAACAAUUGCCUUUGCUUAUUGAAGAUGCUUCAAGAACGGAAAAAGAAGCUGAAGAAUUAGGAUUACCAGUUGUCAAUUUAGAUACAAGAUUGGAUUCAAGAGUAAUCGAUUUAAGAACCCCAACAAAUCAAGCAAUUUUCAAAAUUCAAUCUGGUGUUUGUCAAUUGUUCAGAGAAUUCUUAGUUAACAAAGGAUUUGUUGAAAUCCAUACUCCCAAAAUCAUCGGUGCAGCCUCAGAAGGAGGUUCAAAUGUUUUUGAGAUUAAUUAUUUUAAAGGAUCAGCUUUCUUAGCUCAAUCACCUCAAUUAUAUAAACAACAAUUAAUUGCAGCUGAUUUUGAGAAAGUCUUUGAAAUUGCUCCAGUUUUCAGAGCAGAAAAUUCAAAUACUCAUCGUCAUAUGACUGAAUUCACUGGAUUGGAUUUGGAAAUGGCAUUUGAAGAACAUUAUAAUGAAGCAUUAAAAGUAUUGGAAGAAUUAUUUGUUUUCAUUUUCACGGAGUUGAAAAACAGAUAUGGGAAAGAAAUUGAAACUGUCAGAAGACAAUUUCCAGUUGAAGAGUUUAAAUUACCAAAAGAUGGUAAAAUGGUUAAGUUGCAUUUUAAAGAAGGUAUUGAGAUGUUAAGAAAAGCUGGAAAAGAAGUUGAUGAUUUCGAAGAUUUAUCAACUGAAAAUGAAAAAUUGUUAGGAUCAUUAGUUCGUGAAAAGUAUGAUACUGAUUUUUACAUUUUGGAUAAAUUCCCAUUAGCUGUUAGACCAUUUUACACCAUGCCAGAUCCAGAAGAUCCAAGAUAUUCAAAUUCGUAUGAUUUCUUUAUGAGAGGUGAAGAAAUCUUAUCCGGUGCUCAACGUAUUCACGACCCAGAGUUAUUAAAAGAAAGAAUGAAACAACAUGAGGUUGAUCCAAACGUACCUGGAUUGAAUGAUUAUGUUGAUGCUUUCACCUAUGGAUGUCCACCACAUGCAGGAGGUGGUAUUGGACUUGAAAGAGUCGUUAUGUUCUUUUUGGAUUUGAAAAACAUUCGUCGUGCAUCAUUGUUCCCAAGAGAUCCAAGAAGAUUGAGACCAUGA